CAUUCUCCGGCCAACUUGACUAUCAUAAAUCCCUGCUUUUUUUUUGUAAGCCAGCGUAUGGCUACAUCAGAGAGUCCCAUGUUACUGGCACAUCGUUGUACAUGCCAUGAAACUGGAGAUUUCGUGAUGAAAACGCCGCACAGCCGAGCUCCUGUUCAUCCGUCCAUUGAUAAACAAUGCAGAUGAAUGAAUCGCUGCUCAGUGUCAGCGGGAAGCUCUGCUCAGUCAGCUGCCGAUUUAGCCAGACUCGCUGCUCUCUCUAUCCACGGCUGAUCGGAGGACCAAAGUGCUCUGCAGAUCAUCAUGAAAACAAAAUACAUUAAUUACUGUUGAUAACGUUAUGCACCAUGGGCUGGUGUUGGCCGCUGACUGCUUUGUAAAGGAUAAAGUGAGCUCGCUUUGACCCCCUCAAGAGAGAGACUUGCUCUCACACCUCUUCAGUAUGACACUAAUGGGGACUUAAGAACCACAAGCUUUCUUAAAUUGAACUGUAUCACUCAGAGGAGCCUCCUCUUGCCAUUCUACUGCUGAGACAAAGCGGGAAGAAAACACCAGGUGCCAUGCGUGUCAGUUUUUGUCAGGGCCUGUUAACUGGAGCCAUUAUCCUCAACCUCCUCAUUCUGUAUUAUGUGUCCCGGGCCCAGCAGCAGAUGAUGGAGAAGCGGAGGGACCUUGGCAGGGGCACCAGGAGGGCUUCUCUGCCAGCCUCUAGUCUGGGUGGAGCCCUGGGGGGCCUUGUGGGGCCUGGUGGUGUGCUGGCUGGCCCUGCAGGAGUUGAGGGAAAUGGUCGUGGACCCCGUGUGACUGUGCUCCUUCGGGAGUUUGAAAACUUUGAGAACUAUGUUGGGGAUGUGGCCAGCUCCUUCAUCCACCAGAGACCUGAGCUUCCCUUCUUGGCUGUGGCCGACACCCCACCCUACCCUCCUCUAGUGCUUCCAGAGGGGGCUCGUCUUUUGGUGCUCUCCCCGAGCCCCGAUCAGCCGCCCCAAGUGCACAGGCCCGAGUUCCAUGUCCAGACAGAGUUUGUGCUGCUGGUGCCCGAUGGAGUGGAGCUGGAACAGGCCCGGGCUAUCGAGAGGCUCGUCAGGGAGCUGGAAGGUGAGGGUGGAGGGCCGGUGAGGCUCGUGGCUGCACCCGUGCUGGCCCGAUCCGCUGUGCAAUGUCUCCACCUGCGGGUGAGCCUGAGAGAGUGGACAGCCACCUACUCACCAGCAGCAUCUGGGAGCAGUGGGAGUGUUUGUACAGCCUUACAGGGAGAUGCUGUGGUUCUCAUCCGCACUGAAGACCUCUUUAACCUCUCUGUCCCUUUAGGGCGGCCUCUCUUCUCUUCUCUCUUUAUCCAGACCUCCCUUAGAGGCUGGAAGGUCAAGCUGCUGGAAAGCCCCUGCUUCUCCGCUAACCAUCGGCCUCUCUUCAGCUCAGCUCACAACCAGUGGAAAGCGGACACUCGAUUGAAAGAAGCAACAGGGAGGCUCAUGAGGAGUUUUGGUAUAAAGCGCCUGAGGCUGCCUGAUGGGAAGGAACAGUGGCACGGCUGCAGUAAGGAGACUCCUCGCUGCUUUGGCACCGUGCGAGACGACACUCCUGACUACCUCUACCUGGAGCGCUGGACUCCCCCCUGCUGCCUGCGGGCGCUCCGAGAGACCACCAAGUAUGUUAUCAACAUCCUGGAGAGCUCCGGUGUGCGCUAUUGGCUGGAGGGGGGGACUCUGUUGGGUGCUGCCCGCCAUCAAGACAUCAUCCCAUGGGACUAUGAUGUGGACCUGGGCAUUUACCUAGAGGAUGUACCCAACUGUGACCACCUCAAAAACCUGGAUUCAGGCUCCCUGGUGGAUGCCAACGGCUACGUCUGGGAGCGGGCGGUGGAGGGGGACUUCUAUCGAGUCCAGUACAGCGAGGCCAACCACCUCCAUGUGGAUCUGUGGCCGUUCUAUCCACGUAAUGGUGUCAUGACCAAAGACACAUGGACAGAGCACAAACAAGACAUGGAGUUCCCAGAGCACUUCCUCCAGCCGCUGGUGCCCAUGCCCUUUGCGGGCAUCACUGCUUACGGCCCCAACAACCACCGCGCCUUCUUGGAGCUCAAGUUUGGUGAGGGGGUGAUUGAGAACCCCCAGUACCCAAACCCUGCCAAGAAAAGGUUGGACAGGAGCAAGUUAUGAGAGAGGAUAAUGAGAGACUGAGUGGCCGUUUUGAUGUUGUAUGUGUUUACUUAACAAUGCAACAAAUCCAUCCUCGACCCAGUCUUUUGGAAUUCAGCUCAAAAGAAAUAGCGAGGAAUCUGAUAUGGUGCCAAAAUAAUGACUACAUUUCCUCUGUGAAAUCACUACAUCAACACUAACAACGUCAUCCCAUGCUUGGUUGCAUGUAUCUCAAGCGUAUUUAUUUUCAGAAUUUGGAGUGAAGUGUAACAUUGCAUUGCCUUGUUAUUCUCAGUCAGAGUCGUGAAGACUUACAAGGGGCAUGGAUAUUUGAGAAAUUCUCAUCUAAAUACUGUCAAAGACUAUAGACUGGCUCCACUAGAUGGUGUAAAGAUCUAAUGUUUUGUGCAGUGUAAAGAUUUAUACUGCUGUAAAGAUGAUAAACACUUUUAAAUCAUUUCAAAUGGUGUGUACAAAAGUUAUCUAUGUUAAACGAGUGGUUUUGCCUAAAGCAUUUUAUGGUUUUAUGAUGAGUGUAACGCAUUGUUUUGCACUGAUUCACUUUCUUUUCUCAUAUUUGCACAAUUCAUGUAUGAAUGUCACUGUGCGUCGAUGCUGUUUGAUACCUGACAGCUGUCUUAUGUUUAUGAAAUUUCCCUCGGGUGAAAUGAGGAACACACUAAUAUUGAUGUCUGGCAUUGUUGAUGACAGGAGAUCAUGACAUGUUUCUCCUAUCAGAUGUCACUACUCUGCUGAAAACAACAUGACAAAUCGUUCGCAAUGUUUUUUUUUUUGUUGUUUGUUUUGGAAAAUCAACCCAUUGAUUAUGUGUGGCGUGUUACUACUAAGCAUGUCUUUUGUGCUGACUGAAACAUAAAUCGGUUAAUUUAAUGGAUAAUGAAAAGAAAAUGUCUUCAACAAUAUGUUAUACAUAAAUGACGACACCAGCACUUAUGGGGAACCACAUAUUUUUCCUAUAGUGUUAUUACUUGUGUAUGAUGUUUGAAGGUGUCACUCCAUAAACUGUGAAAAUAAAGGAGUUGUAACAAUACCA